AUGCUCAAACACACACCCACACACACUGGCAGCAGUGAGGCACACGCAGUACGCAAGGUGGGAAUUCUGGGGAAGAAAAAGCCGGGGAAAGAAAGUGUGAAGAAUGAGGGUCAGGCAGGGGAGUUGGGCAAGAAUGAGAGCUGA